AUGGUCCGACACAAAAAGGAUGGGUUAGCCAAACGAAGCAAAAAGGCUUUCGGAGACAGCCAUCGUCGCCUUCCUCCCCGCGACUUCGACAACGAAAAUGACGAUACCCCGCGUGUUCCUUUCAACGCUGCCUGCUGGGACCUCGGCCAUUGCGACCCCAAAAAAUGCUCAGGCAAGAAAUUGAUGCAUUUUGGGCUAAUGCGAGAGUUGCCAAUCGGGCACAAGUUCCCUGGCGUUGUAAUAUCUCCAAAUGCGAAGCAUACUCUCUCCCCCGCGGAUAAGCCUUUACUUGAACAGUAUGGAGCUGCUGUUGUUGAAUGUUCUUGGGUGAGAGUAAAAGAAGUUCCUUGGUCGAGGAUCGGGGGAAAAUGCGAACGCCUACUUCCCUACCUCGUAGCCGCGAAUCCCGUCAACUAUGGCCGACCUUGGAGACUAAACUGUGUCGAAGCCCUUGCCGCUUGCUUUUAUAUCUGCGGUCAUGAAGAUUGGGCGACCCAAAUUUUAAAACACUUUAGAUAUGGCGAGCCAUUCUUGGACAUUAAUUCUCAACUGUUAAAGAGAUAUGCAGCAUGCGAAACGGAAGAAGACAUCAAAUUAGCCGAAGAAAAAUGGCUUGAUAAAAUAGAGAGAGAGUACUCAGAAAGCCGUGCAGAACGUGCAGAGGAUGAUAUUUGGAGAACAGGGAACACAAACCGCGUGGGGUUUGCUGAUUCUGAGGAUGACGGGGACGCCAAUGAUAAUGACUCUGAGGAAAAGGUAGAAGAAGAAGCACUCGAGGAACGUGACCCCUAUGCACUUCCAGAGGAUUCUGAUGAUGAGGAAGAGAUGGCAGAGCUUCGUCGUAAAGUCUUAAACUCAAAACCCUUCCAAGACCCCAAAGAGACAAACCCUCCAAUACCUUUAAUACCACUCAAAAGCCCUGCCGCUUUUGACAAGAAAACAGCCGUGUCGGUUAGCGAUGAUGACGGGGAAGGAUCAGAUGGCGAUGAUGACGCGGCAUUCGAUAAAGUACUAAAUGCAACAAUAGCCACCGAUAGGACCGGCAUUAUAGCAAAGCAGCACCAGAAAGAACAGCAGAAUAAAAGCCGUGCGUUUACACAGAAGUUCAGUGUCCACUGA